AGAGUCGUACCUUUGCCCAUCCAUCUAUCCCAGAGAUAUCUAGGUGCCUAUGAGGUAACCAUCUAGUUAGACAAUCAAGAUAGUCUGAAGAACACUCAUUUUUGCACCUGUACGCCUUGAUCAACAAAUCGCUUUAGCUGUGCCUGGAUCGAGUACCCCAACCAACACCGAACUCAGCAUGGCUUCAUUCGCUUUCUUGAGUCUUCUCGUCGUAUCCUCUUUCGAUGCCACCUCCGCGAGACGCUAUUUCAGACCAUCUUUGUCAACAUUUCGCCACAUCAACUUUACCUUCAACGUCAACGCCGAGUGCGUCCCAUUCGAAGAUCCCCAUUGCUGUAUUGACCGGCCUGUAUGCGAAUGUAGAAAUGGUGGGCUACCAGGAACAUUCUUCAGUAUGAACCCGAUACGUAUAAACGGGACUAGUUCAAUAUGUGGUCCCCCGGGAAACGAGACUCUCGGAGACGACGCGACUGGUAUUCCAGGCUGGUGCUGUUAGGUAGAUGGACGGAAACAGACAAAUGACAUUGGCGACAAAAAUGAACGAAGGUAGUUAAAAGGGGGGAGGGGUUGCUCUUAAGAGACUUCUGUGAUUUCCAGUUUUCUUACACGGGCAAGCAUCGAGGUAGUGCAGAACUCAUUACUACUACCGACAUUCACCACAAGCCCCCAUCUUGUUCCAUCAAUGCAUUAUAUGAAGUUUCCCGACGGCUUCUCAUAUCUCAUCUUCUCUUGACAGUAUAGUACAACAUAAUACGAUAUUAUACAGUGAUUGUUAGCUUAGUGAGAUAGCAGCUAUUUGGCAAUGUCUGAAAGUGUGACACCGCCUUUUCUACGUAAGGCCACGAAGUAUGCUUCUCGUGAGUC